UGUAGUUACGCACUUACUGUAUACCUUAUACGAGACUCAUGUAGUUUCCGAUUCCGAUUUGAAGGCAACAUUAAUAUAGCUGUGACGCUACUAGUAGCUUUCUAGCAUUUAAAACUGUAUGUAAACAAACAGGUAAUUUGUCACAGCUUCAGCCAUAAAGGCACAUUUAAACACGCAUCGGGUAUGGGCUGAUUUUUUGAUCCACUUCAGCAGUGCAUUUGACAAAUUGAUUUUUAACCGGGUCUAAAUUUUAGGUCAUUUUAAAUAAAGCUAAACGCUAAUAACAGUUAGCAGUUAGCUAGCACCUUACUGUUAUCUAGGAACUGCUUUAUUGCUAUUUUUACAAUAUGGACAAGUUUGUAGUGCGACUCCCAAAAGGGGAAACACCAAAAAAGUCGAAAGCCAAUGAGAAGGUUUACAAGCAAACUACACUAGAGUCUUUAAAGAGGGUCGUUGUGAUUGAGGACAUCAUGCGCUACAAGUCUAUGUUGGAACUGCCAGAACAGAGCAAGGACAACCUGCUAAACGCUCUGACAGAGCUGAGCAAGAAGAUCCCAUCCAGGGAGGUUCUCAAAUCCACAAAAGUUGGUUUCACUGUAAACAAAAUGCGAAAGCAUCAGGAUCCUGAGGUGAGUUCAAUGGCAGCAAAGGUUUACACUGACUGGAGGACAUUCAUUGAGGAGAAUUCUAAUAAGCCAUCUAUUGAAGUGCGCUCUGACAAGCAAUCUGAAGGACUGCGGAGCAAUGCUAGAAGACUAAUGUCUGAAGCCUUGGAGGUCAAGGAGGAUUCUGGCCUUAUAGACAACAUAGAGAGAGAAGUCUUUCACCAGAGCUCCCGGUUAGUCAGCAGCUCGUACAGAAGGACUGUUAGGGCACUGGUUUUUGCCUUUAAACACCAUCCGGAGAUCAAAACUCAGGUAAAGGACAACUUAACAACAGUCAACCAGCUGGUUUCUAAAUACAAGAAAUAAUUUAUGAUAACAAGGCUGGACUUCAGAUCAUAAACACUUCAUAAAGGCCUCUGCUUGUUUAACAUGUUGUUUUUAUUUUUGGUUAGACAUAUAAAAUACUUUUACAUUUUGUGGCACACUGUUUUUUUUACUGCUUGUAGCUUAUUGUCAAGAAGAUGAAACUUUAUUGUUGGUUGUGAUGAAAUUGCCAUUGUUUGUACUGAAAUAAUGGAGUCUUUGUUGACCGGUGUUUUGUUUAAUACUGUCGGUAAACAUAGAAAGUCAAUAAAAUAUGACAAAUUAA